CAAUAUUGGGAGCAGCUGUACUGUUCCAACAGAACGCUGUGGUGCUGGACUGGGUAAUGAGAGAAGUUGACGCUGCCUUACUGGGUUUUCACAGGCGGAGUCAGCGACACUAUUUGUAAAUCGUAGAUUACGCAAACAGCUGAUCAAAAUAAAUCUGGAGAUGAUUUCGUUGUUUUGAAGGUCGAGCUUGGUUUGCAGUCGUUUUAGAUUAGAUUUCCUCUGUUCCGUCAACAGGACAGUUUGAAAGGAAUUGAGGGAACAACACUCAAUAUUCAAGCCCUGUUGGAAGUAUAUAGCUCAGAUUAAGCCUUACGCAUGACAAACAUGCUUGGAAAACUCACCCAUUUCUUCCUCGGUGAGACGGAUGAAGAAGUCAAUGAAGGGAUGAGUGGAAUGAACAACAUUCUGUAUGAGCAUGAGGAAGAUGAUUGGAUUAUCGUGAACAUCCAAGUUGAAUAUCCUGUGGCAAGAUUGGAAGUCAGUCCUCUGGAAGACCAACUGAUUGAACACCCAAGGAGUAAUAACCGUGGCAGUGACGAAGCCACUGCAUUGACAGAGAAGUUAGAAGGUCUCAGGGCUGUUCCAGUUGCUCAUUAUAUCCCUCGAAGAAUGUCCAUUUUGUUUAGAGAUUGUGGUAUGGUUCACACCAAUCAGAUGCGCAUCGUGCAGCGUGCCAAAUCAUAUGCUGAACGAAGAAAGCUAAGCCGGAAUCAACUUUUGAGGCAAAAUCGAGCAAGGAAACAACAUUCUACAAAAGAGAACAGUGCCAGAUAUUUCAAACAACCUCGACAACGCAUUUCCAGAUAUUCAUGGCAGUAAGGACCCUUUCUGCAUGGUUUUGAUUGGAAAUUUUAAACGGUAUCAUUUCUGCAGGGGAUCCCACACUUCAGCUUUAGGACAUCUGGAGAAUCCUUACAGGAGUUUUACUCCAAAGUGUUUAUGCCUCAUGUGUUGUGUGCUUGUUUUCCUGUGCCCCUCCCCCACCCGCAAAUGCCCUUUAGAAUAGUUGCUUUCUGGAGAUAGAUGUAAUAUUUUGAUGGUUCUCUGUCUCUGUGAAAUUGCAAAGAGAAUUCUGAGGCUUUCACUCCUGAGGAGGGUAUGCAAUUUCCAGAAAUUGCCCAGGUGCCUGCACCAGCCUUUAGCAAAAUGUGCCCAUAAUGGCUCGAUUUUCAUUCUUCGGUGGUGGGGGUGAGAAGAGUGGUGUUAUGGGUGCAGGCUGGUGUCAGGCCUAUUGGAUGAAGAUCAGAGGUAGCCAUGGGGUCUGCUGAGUGCUAAAGCAGGUCUGUCUGAGUUCUCUGGAACUUUGUGCCAGCUGUUUUGUUAAAUAUUAGACCCUUGCAAGCCCUUUCCACUCACAGUCUGACCCACUUUCCAUUCCCCAUCACAUGCCUCCCAUCCACCUCCCUUUGGCCUCCAUGCCAACUGUCAAAGUAUUCUCUUUUGGGCAGACCUCAGGACCUAUGCUGAAAUGAGGUAAAGUUCUAAAUAAUUAUUACAGACAUCACUAUUUUUACAACAAUCAUGAAUUCAUUCAGUAUACCAAAAUUCUCUCUGUAACCCGACGCCACACACAGCUAAUCGUUUCAUGACUAUUUUUGAGCAGUGAAUUUACAGCCCCUCCACUGUGAUGUUGUGGAAUGCACCACGUAUGUGUUAAUGCUAUAAUGAUAGCACUUAGGGUUUUGUCAAAAAACAGCUAUUGAAAUUGCUGGCAUGGAUUUGUUUCAUCCUUCAGACAUAGGCAGGCUUUUAUUUCCCAAUUUAUAAAGAACAGAUUAGUAAUGGUUCCACAGGUCUUAUGCACCCUUCAAGAGCAUUUUUGUCUACUCUAAAUACUCAAAACAUACUGCAGGAUAAGGUCCUUGCUUCUUUGGUCUAUAAAUGUCUCUGCUUCAUUUGAGUUUUUCUCAUGUGAUCUAUGCUAGUCCCCUUUCCCCAGUUGGUAAAAUUAGAUCUAUUGAAAAUCAGGGUAGGACUUCUGGAUCCAGGUCACUCUACCCAUUUUUAAUGAUCCCCACACUGUCCAUGACUCUGUAGAAUCUAAUGACUAAUGCACAGGGUGGUCCUGAAUGAGCAAACAGGAGAAAGCUUCCCUGCAUUUUGUUCUUCAGGUUGCAUAGUUUUAUGUGAUUAGACUCUAGCAGUACUUCUGGUGACUGAGAUAUUGCCAAGUCUUGUUUUGGGAAGUCUAUUACAUUUUGUGGAGAGAAAAAUAAAUGUUUCAAUUAUGA